CGCGCGCAUGCACCGCGGCUCCCGACCCGCUCCCGGGCGCGGCGGUGUGUGCUGGGGGGAGGUUGUUCCUGCCGCCGCCGCCUGAGGGUUUCCCCUCAGUGUGGGAUGGCCGCGCCUCCCGAGGGGUGCUGCGUUGUGAGAGCUCAGGGUAACCCUGCAGCGGGAUGGGCGGCAUCGCCCGCCCUGCGGCGCCGCUUGCGCCCGGUUCGGUAAACGGCAGGUCUACAGGCGAUGCAGAAGCCGCAGUUUUGGUUUUAGUAGCGGCGGCUCUGACCGCUCUCCCGCGGCUUUGACAGGCGCUGGGAACGCGCCUCCCAGCGCGCGGCCGCUUCCUUGGGCCCCUUCAAGGAGGCGUGACCGCGGGGCGUGCUGGUCAGUAUCUCUUCGCGCCUUUUUUCCAGAGGAGAGGGCGAUUAAACACGGUCUCUGGGGUGAGGGGAGAGUUUCCUGCUCUGUUCCGUAACACGACUGACAGCACCACUCAGCUCCACACGAACCGCACCGCGGGUGCUCCGCCACACUGCGCGGUGCCCGGCGCUUCCACGGGACAUCAUCACCCACCGACGGAAGUCCUUAAAAGCCCACUUCCGGGGAAGCUGCCCGCCCCGCCAAGAUGGCGGCGCCCAGGUGCCCCUGAGCGGAGGGGAGGUGACUGCCGCCUGAGGCCGUGGCGGGCGCCGGCUCCCCAUGGCGCUGAGCAGCCGUAGCCGCCUGUCGCUGGCGGCCGCCGGGCUCCGGUUACAUGGAGUGGGUCUUCGUUUUGCAUCAGCUACAGCCAGUGUCAAGCCUGAAACUGAAGUGGACACAAGCGAAAAUGAGAUUGUUGCCCCAGACUUCACUAACAGGAAUCCUCGGAACUUGGAGCAGUUGGCUUUGGCUAGGAAGGAGCGUGGCUGGAAGACAACGUGGCCAAAGCGUGAAUUCUGGCAUAGGUUACGGCUUGAGCGGACACAGCAUUAUGUAGAAGCCUUUGUGGAGCGCUCUAACGGGGAUGUUGUGUUGUCUGCCUCUACCCGGGAGUGGGCCAUAAAGAAACACCUGUACAGUCCCAAGGGAGUCGCAGCAUGCAAAAACCUUGGCCGCGUGAUGGCACAGCGCUGUUUGGAAGCAGGAAUCAACUUCGUGAACUUUAAAGCUGUUAUCCCCUGGGAAUAUCGUUGUGAUUCGAUUCAGGAAUUCGAAAAAGCUAUGCAGGAGGGUGGUGUCGUUCUGCGUGAGCCACGAAGAAUCUAUAAGUAAAACGGAGAGCACUGGCAAAACUUCACAAGGGACGACGAUCACUUCUUUAGGUGUGUGUGUGCCGGCACAGUGAAGGUUCAGAGCUGAAAAAGUUUGAACGUGGCAUCUCAUAAUAAAAUAUUUUUAAGCGGACAGAAA